CCGGCGCGGGGACGCUGGGGGAUGUCGUUUCGGCGCCGCUCGCCCGGCCGCCGCGCCGAGGAGCCCAAACUACACUUCCCAGCAGGCAGCGCGGCGGGGCCAGGGUCCGGGCCUGGGCGCCUCCGGCCGCAGGGGCACGGGGGCAGCGGGGCCGGGCCCACAGGCUCACCUUGCAGGCGUGCUGCCCGAGCCUGGAACCAUGGACGCGCCGCCCAUCACUCCUGGGGAGCUGCUGUGUCUGGGUUCCAGCAUUGCCUUCUCCGGCCUCUUCUACUAUCUGUACAGGAAGAAAGCCAGAGUUGCGGCACAGAUACAGGAGGCCCCAAAGCUCCACGUUAAUGAUGAUUUACCAGCACUGGUGUCUGCAGCUGAUGCGAGGUGCCUACCUUACGUUGCCCUGGAAGGCAUAGUGCUGCCCGCCAAGGCUGCGCUGACCAGCCAUUACCAUGAGGGGCUGCAGGGCGUGAUCCAGAAACUGCUGCUGAAAGAGCAUCGGCUGAUCUGGAACAGCUUGGCCCGGAGCUGGAGUGAGAGCGAGCGAGUCCUCUCGGAGCAAGUCUACACCGUCCCUUUCUUGCUGGCCUCACCGGACACUGAGGCAGUGACGCAGGUGAGUGUGGAGAGCCCACUCCGAGCCAUCUGCCUGCCCCUGGAAACAGUGUACGAGCGGUUCCAGCAGCCGGCCCACGGCUUCCGUGACCUGCUGGGCCAGUACCUGAGCGGGGAGAAGCCCAAGGGCAUUCUGGAGACAGAAGAAAUGCUGCGAGUCGGGGCCGGGCUGACGGGCAUCGGGGAGCUGGCCCUGCACCCCGACGGCUCCCUGCACCUCCAGCCGCCAGCCCGGGGCGGCGAGUAUUUCCUGAGCCUGGGGGACUGGCAGACGGUGCUGGCAGAGCUGGAGUCGGUCAGCGGGCUCUGGAAAGGAGCAGCCAUGCUGUGUGCUGCGGCAGGCCUGGCCGUCCUCCUGCACGCCCUGUGCCGUGCCUACCGCCGCGGCCGCCUCAAGCAGGAGGACAAGGAGCCGGACAGUGAGGAGAUAGGGGACGGGGGGCCCGAGGAUUCCUGUGUGAUCUGCCUGUCGCGGCCUCGUGAGUGCGUCCUCUUGGGCUGCGGCCACAUCUGCUGCUGCUUCCGCUGCUUCCAGGCCUUGCCUGCCCGCCUCUGCCCCAUCUGCCGGGGGCCCAUCGACCGCGUGGUGCCCCUCUACCAGGCCUGAGAGCACCUGGGGGAGGGGUGGGCUCCAGGUAGGGGCAGCGUCAACAGAGCCAAGCCUAGAGCCUGCAGAAAUCUCAGCUGUCCAAGGGGUUCCUAUUAAGAGGAACUAAGGUCAUUGUGUGCCCCCCAUCUGUUUUGGGGAGGGGGAAGCAGAGUUACAGCCUUGUGACCGUCACUUUGUCUACCAGAGGGAUCCCCCCCACUGAACAUGAAGGCUUGGGGGAAAUGUAUGCAGUGCCUGAGUUGCAGAGCUGAGUCCCUAGCCCUACACCGGGAUGUUCCCUGUGCCCUCUUCCCAGACCUGAUCCCCGCAAAGCCAGGCAGGAUUUUUCUCGUGUUUGGCUUCUCCAGCGCAUGGGGAGGGCAGUGUGGGUAAAACCAGGGUUGGCAGGACACAGCCCCCACAAAGCCACCACGGUGGCACAUCUUGAUGCCACCAUUGUCCUCACUUGCCCAAACCGUGUGCCUGAAGCCACUGCCCAAACUGUGCAGGAGCACUUAGGGGCUGGCAGCGAUGAAGGAUGUCACUUCACCAGCUGCUCUGCCACCCAGGGAAGGGGACAAUGUGCUUCUGCCUGCCUCUGCAGUGUCCCCCUCUCCUCCUGGAGCAGGGGGCGCAGCCCUGGGUUCCCCACUGUGCCCAGCUUUCCUGCCCAUCUCCCGGCCAGGAGCAGCUUGUGGUGGUGUGUGAGUGAUAAAGCCGAGGAGCAGAGCGCA